GGUCGGCGACUCUGACGACUGAUCCGGCCGUAAGACUGACUGACUAACCAAAUCGUGAUGGUGAAGACCCUGUGAAAGCAGUCACGUUCGUCGUUCCCCUUCUUCCUGCUUCCUGUCCUCCAUGCCAACCAUGGCAUAUGCUGCGAGAUAUUCCCAGCGUAAGCGCACUACUAACUAGCACGAGCUAGCUAACCCGUCUCGCACUCCUCCCCAACGAUAUGUUUCGUCUCCCUCGCGUUGCAUCUGCCAACCCACAACGCCAUCACAUAUAUUUAUAUAUAGUAUAAGUUAGUGAGUAGGUGUUGUAAUUUUAGGUGUGGGGAUCUUACUUACUAGCCACGGGCUGUUGGGGUUGAGCAACCAGACCAGCUGAGCAUUGUGAGCGAGGCAAGGAGAGGAGAUGAAGUUUGGGAAGAGGCUCAAGAAGCAGGUGGAGGAGAGCCUCCCGGAGUGGAGGGACAAGUUCCUGGCGUACAAGCGCCUCAAGAGGCUCGUCCGGCUCGUGCCGUCGCCGCCGCCGCCGCCGCCGCCGCGCCGGAGGGCCGCCGAGGCCGCCUUCGUGCGGCUGCUCGACGGCGAGGUCGACAGGUUCAACGCCUUCUUCCUGGAGCAGGAGGAGGACUUCGUCAUCCGCCACAGGGAGCUGCAGGAGGCGGUGAAGAAGGUGGCGGCGGGCGGCCGUGAUGAGGCGGCGGCGGAGGUCAGGCGGGUGCGCAGGGAGGUCGUCGACCUGCACGGGGAGAUGGUGCUGCUGCUCAACUACAGCGCCAUCAACUACACAGGGCUGGCCAAGAUCCUCAAGAAGUACGAUAAGCGCACCGGGCGGCUCCUCCGGCUGCCCUUCAUCGAGAAGGUGCUCGGGCAGCCCUUCUUCGCGACGGAGCUCAUCUCCAGGCUCGUCCGCGAGUGCGAGGCCACCAUGGACGCCGUGUUCGAGGCCGGCGGCGGGCGUUCCAGCGCCGGAGCGACCGCCGUGGCGGUGGCGGAGGCGACGACAACCACCGAGCAGGGCAUCUUCCGGAACACCGUGGCCGCGCUGGUCACCAUGGGCGAGCUCCGCAGCGGGAGCUCGACGUACGGGCACUUCUCGCUGCCGCCGAUGGCCUCGCCGGAGUCCGACCUCCUGCGGUGCGUCCUGGUUGCCGAUCCCGUGCCCAUCUGAGAGGUAGACGCACGGGGGAGUUUCAGCUCUGGUCUUCGAUUGUUCUACGAGUCAGGCCAUGUAUGCAGAGGAAUUUUAGUCAUGACGAGUAGUUGAGCGUUCAGACAUGAAAGACCCAUUCGCAAUACCUCCCAAGAUUUUAUUUUUUCAAAAAAUAUCACAAUUCCUAUAAAUGAAUCUCUAAGCUUAGAAUACAGUGGACAAAGGAUUAACCGCUCCCUUAAAAUGAGUAAAUUUCAUGGACAGUCGAUAGAUUAUGGGGCAGUUUUCAUCCUACUGCCAUACAAAAAACUACAGUUUGGGCUC